AUGGCCCUCAAGAUUUUCGAGAUCGAUCGCAGCCUGGAAAGCUGCCAAGGCCAAAUCUGGGACAGAGUCAACGGCUACAGAUGGUGGCUGGGCGAGCUGGAGAAGAACGAGGGCGGCAUCGAGCAGUUUGCUGAAGGAUACAAGAUCUUUGGCUUCAUCCGAGAUGACGAGAAGGGUGGCUUCACCUACAGGGAGUGGCUGCCAAACGCGAAGCAGGUCUUCCUCAUCGGCGGAUUCAAUGACUGGCAGAACACCAUGCCCCUCACAUCUGAGGGUUUCGGCCGAUGGGCUGUCUUCAUUCCGGACAAGGCAGACGGCUCACCCGGGAUUCCUCACACUACACAGCUCAAGGUCCGCUUGGAGGCAAACGAUGGCUCCUGGCACGAUCGAGUACCUGCGUGGAUCAAAUUGGCAUGGCAGGAUCAUACCACCAACCUUUUCAACGGUGUCUUCUGGGCGCCCCCGGAGGAGGCCUGGCGUUUCGCCGCAGUGCGCGCUUCUGUCAGGCCUGACAACCUGAAGAUUUACGAAGCCCACGUGGGCAUGGGCUCGCUUGACCCAAAGGUGGCCACCUACACGGAGUUCGCCGAGGUGGUGCUGCCGCGUAUCAAGAGAAUGGGCUACAAUGCGGUGCAGCUCAUGGCCGUGGCCGAGCACGCACACUACGGUUGCUUCGGAUACCAUGUGACCUCUUUCUUCGCGCCGGCCAGCCGCUCCGGAACACCUGAGGAGCUGAUGUAUUUGAUUGACACCGCACACGGACUGGGAAUCCAGGUUCUGAUGGAUCUCGUGCAUGCUCACGCCUCUUCCAACACGCUGGACGGAAUUUCACAGAGCCUGAUACUGCAACAGUAA